GCUGUUGUUGUUGUUGAGGCUGUUGCUGUUGUUGUGGUUGUUGUUGAGGCUGUUGUUGUUGUUGUGGUUGUUGCUGAGGCUGUUGUUGUUGCUGUGGUUGUUGCUGUUGUUGUGAUAACAGUUGUUGCAUUAGUUGCUGUGCUUGAAGAUUCAUUGGUUUCGGUGAUGAUUGAUUUCCUUGUUGUUGUUGUGCAUGCAUUUGUCCCAUUUGCGCCAAUAAAGCUCUUUGCUGUGGUGUCAAGUUGGUGGGUAAUUGUCCAUUCAUCAUAUUCAGAUUUGCCAAUAGAGCUUGUUGCUGUGUUUGUUGUGGUUGUCCUGGGGUUGUUUGUGCUGGUUGUUGUUGUUGGGCCUGAGCAUUGAUACUUUGAGGUACGGAUGACAUUGUAGGACGUACUUGCAUAUCACCCAAACCACCAGAAAAUGCCAAUGGAGCUGAAGUAACCGCACCAGAAGUUGAAGACAUCAUUGCAGCAGAAGUUCCAUUUUGAGCAUUGGCCAUUCCACUGAUUUUUUGCAAACUCAUUUGGAUAGCGGUCAGUUGUUGUUGUUGUUGAGGAGUGAGACUAGGAAGCUGUAAUAACAUUUGACGCUGCUGUAAUAAAUAUGGGAUCGGAUUCUGCAUGUUCGCCAUCCUAAGUCCUUGCAUCUGUUGCUGAUUUUGUUGUUGAAUUUGUGAUUGUUG